GCAACAUUGUGACUCUUAUCAUAGUUUAUGUUUUGUCCUUUCCUAAAACAAACAAAAUAUGAAAACACUAGUACCUUCCUUUGCCAACACUGCAAAACAUCAAAUCUGUGUUGUGGCGUGGAUAUCAGUAACUCCUUGUAACAUCAGUAAGCUUUGAUGAACUUCAGGGUUUUUCUGUUGAGAUUUGUACAUAAUGUUGAUAAGCAUCACAAGAUAAUAUGACCAUAAAGUUUUCAGUCCGCCUCUUUAAAUAUAGAUGAGCUCUCAUAGCCCAUCACAGUCCAACUUGGCUCAAAUCUUCAUUUCACUUCAGGAGAGAAGCUACAGUAUUAUGGAAAUGAAAACUACAUUCAGCAUCAUUCUAAUUCUUCAGUUAACUUUAGGAGCAGAAGGAAGAAAUAUUGACCCUCCUGUGCAACUAGAGCCAUAUUUCCCUCCUGCCAAACCAUCACUGGAAAACCUCAAUGCGGUCUGUGUUCAUGGCAAUGGCCGGCCCAGAUAUCCUGCCAGCUGCCUCCCGUCUUCAGGUUAUGGAUACAUUCGUCGUGCAGGAACUGCAGUAAACAGAGUAGAAGCGUGGUUCAGUCAGUGCUGCCAGAGAGGUGUAGCACAAGGAGACCAGCAGAUUCUCUGCUGCGCCAAACAGGCGUGGGAAACUGCCUUGUCCCAUUUCUGUAUUGAGGAACACGGCACCAUGACUUUGGUCCAUGAGUGCUGUGAGAAGAAGGGAGAAGAACGGUGGAACUGCUUUGAGAAACAGGCUCCUAACCCUUCAUACCAACCUCUGUCUGGUUACACUGCCCCUGUAAUACCACCUGACAGGAUUUUCACCUGGGACCCAAACACCUGGGGACAGAGAAUUAACCCUGACGUGAUGCUUGGAUUAUCCUUCCCUCCAGCCAGACCUUCUGUAAACAAUCUCAAAGCUGCCUGUCUUUAUGGCAGUGGUCGUCCCAGAUAUCCUGCCAGCUUUCCUUCAUCCAGUUAUGCUUACGCUCGUCGCGCUGGAAAGGCAGUAAACAGACUGGAGUCGUGGUUGGGUCAGUGCUGCUAUGGACGUUUGGCUCGUGGAGCUGCACAGAUCCUUUGCUGUGCAGAGCAGGCGUGGGAAACUGCCUUGGCCCAUUUCUGUAUUGAGGAAUAUUCCACUAAGACUUUGGCCCAUGAGUGCUGUGAGAAGAAGGGAAAAGAACGGUGGAACUGCUUUGAACGACAGGCUCCUAACCCUUCCUACAAACCCCUGUCUGGUUACAUUGCCCCCAUAAUUAAACCUGACAGGAUUUUCACCUGGAAACCAAACGCUUGUUAAAGGUUUUACUGUCAUGUGUUUUUAUUUCAAUUAGCAGUGUCAGUGAAUCAACUGAGAAUCACACCGAGGCAGAAUAUAACAUGCUUUUUAUGCAAAUUGUUCAGAAGAGCUAGAAUAUGACUGUGUGUAUCAGUACAUUUAUUUUCACGUGUAUUAAUUUGUGCCAUAGAAAAACAUGCAAAAUAAAAUGUGCUCAUAGCAGUUAAAGUUCAAAAUAAAGUGUCAGUUUAUUUCCAAAGUGGCAAAAUGA